UUCCGUGCAUUCAUUUUCCAGCUGACGAGACCGCGUGAGAAAGAAGACGAAGAAGAAGGAGAGAGAGAGAAGACAGAUUUGCACGAAAUCGGUUCGAUCUCCUUUCCGCUGAGCAAUCCGUUUUGUUCUUGUAGGAUAGCUAUAGAAGCCAUGAUUGGGUUAUUCAAAGUAAAGGAAAAGCAAAGAGAACAACAAGCUCAGAAUGCCACCCGAGGAGGAGGGGCUCCGGUCAAGAAGCAAUCUGCUGGCGAAUUACGUCUUCACAAAGAUAUAUCAGAGUUGAACCUGCCAAAUUCUUGUUCGAUAUCUUUUCCAAACGGCAAGGACGAUUUGAUGCAUUUUGAGGUGUCCAUUAAGCCUGAUGAAGGAUACUACCUGAACGGUACAUUCAUUUUCACGUUCCAAGUCUCUCAUGCGUAUCCACAUGAAGCUCCAAAAGUGAAAUGCAUGACCAAGGUCUACCAUCCCAAUAUCGAUUUGGAAGGAAACGUCUGCCUGAACAUCUUGCGUGAAGACUGGAAGCCCGUCCUCAACAUAAACACCAUCAUCUAUGGGCUGUACCAUCUGUUCACGGAACCCAAUUAUGAGGAUCCUCUGAAUCACGAUGCAGCGGCGGUUUUAAGGGAUAACCCGAAGAUGUUCGAGUUCAAUGUGAGGAGGGCAAUGGUGGGUGGGUACGUGGGUCAAACCCUUUUCCCUCGCUGUAUCUAGUUCAGCUCUUUGUCUACCUCCCAGCAAGGACCUGUCCCUUUAUGCACAACCAUUGUACUUUCUGUAAAAUUGCUCUGAUAUUACAUUCUGCUUAAGCCCUUUCCCCAUGUUUCCGGAACCAAGUGAUGUGUGGUCGUGAGAAUCUGGCGAGGAGAACUGAAUGGAUGGAGAUAUAUCCUACUCAAAUCAUGGAUGCAA